AUGCUCGUAGUCAUAGCCAUAGUCAUGGUCAUAGCCAUAGUCAUGGUCAUAGCCAUAGUCAUGGUCAUAGCCAUAGUCAUGGUCAUAGCCAUAGUCAUGGUCAUAGCCAUAGUCAUGGUCAUAGCCAUAGUCAUGGUCAUAGCCAUAGUCAUGGUCAUAGCCAUAGUCAUGGUCAUAGCCAUAGUCAUGGUCAUAGCCAUAGUCAUGGUCAUAGCCAUAGUCAUGGUCAUAGCCAUAGUCAUGGUCAUAGCCAUAGUCAUGGUCAUAGCCAUAGUCAUGGUCAUAGCCAUAGUCAUGGUCAUAGCCAUAGUCAUGGUCAUAGCCAUAGUCAUGGUCAUAGCCAUAGUCAUGGUCAUAGCCAUAGUCAUGGUCAUAGCCAUAGUCAUGGUCAUAGCCAUAGUCAUGGUCAUAGCCAUAGUCAUGGUCAUAGCCAUAGUCAUGGUCAUAGCCAUAGUCAUGGUCAUAGCCAUAGUCAUGGUCAUAGCCAUAGUCAUGGUCAUAGCCAUAGUCAUGGUCAUAGCCAUAGUCAUGGUCAUAGCCAUAGUCAUGGUCAUAGCCAUAGUCAUGGUCAUAGCCAUAGUCAUGGUCAUAGCCAUAGUCAUGGUCAUAGCCAUAGUCAUGGUCAUAGCCAUAGUCAUGGUCAUAGCCAUAGUCAUGGUCAUAGCCAUAGUCAUGGUCAUAGCCAUAGUCAUGGUCAUAGCCAUAGUCAUGGUCAUAGCCAUAGUCAUGGUCAUAGCCAUAGUCAUGGUCAUAGCCAUAGUCAUGGUCAUAGCCAUAGUCAUGGUCAUAGCCAUAGUCAUGGUCAUAGCCAUAGUCAUGGUCAUAGCCAUAGUCAUGGUCAUAGCCAUAGUCAUGGUCAUAGCCAUAGUCAUGGUCAUAGCCAUAGUCAUGGUCAUAGCCAUAGUCAUGGUCAUAGCCAUAGUCAUGGUCAUAGCCAUAGUCAUGGUCAUAGCCAUAGUCAUGGUCAUAGCCAUAGUCAUGGUCAUAGCCAUAGUCAUGGUCAUAGCCAUAGUCAUGGUCAUAGCCAUAGUCAUGGUCAUAGCCAUAGUCAUGGUCAUAGCCAUAGUCAUGGUCAUAGCCAUAGUCAUGGUCAUAGCCAUAGUCAUGGUCAUAGCCAUAGUCAUGGUCAUAGCCAUAGUCAUGGUCAUAGCCAUAGUCAUGGUCAUAGCCAUAGUCAUGGUCAUAGCCAUGAUCAUGGUCAUAGCCAUAGUCAUGGUCAUAGCCAUGAUCAUGGUCAUAGCCAUAGUCAUGGUCAUAGCCAUGAUCAUGGUCAUAGCCAUAGUCAUGGUCAUAGCCAUAGUCAUGGUCAUAGCCAUAGUCAUGGUCAUAGCCAUGAUCAUGGUCAUAGCCAUAGUCAUGGUCAUAGCCAUAGUCAUAGCCACAGGAUACCCUACCACAGCCACCCACCUUGGCCUCUUGGAUGGCAGAGUAUUCAUCGAGAGUGAGGAACGUCUGGUUGCCAAAGCAGCGUCUGGGAGCCUCCAUAUCCAACAGCCGCUCAUAGUCAUAGUCCACUCCGGGCCCGGCCCAUGCCCAUUUCCCCCUAGCAAGGGACACACCAGCAGCAGCCGCUCAUAG